AUGAAGCGAAGCAUCUCCACUUCUUCGCUUUCGCGGGUAAGCAAGAAAGAUGCUGGCGUCAUCAAGUGUGAGUCUUGCUGUGAUCCCAUCAAAGAUGACGAUGCCGCAAAGCUGGCUUGUCAAUCGCGACACACUCUGUGUGGCGAAUGCAGUGCGGUCUUUUGCAAGAGCAUCUUGGCGGCUGGACCGAUGGCAAUCACUCCCCAUCCCAAAUGCAGUGUCUGUCGAGGACCCAUUCCGUCUCUCUCACUGGAACGCAUCUUGAAACCAGACCAGCUCUCGACCUAUUUGAGCUAUGUGGCAAUGCACACCCUCGAGGAAGGCGAGCGCAUUGUGAGUUGUGUCAACUGCCGCUAUCACGAGGUACACUCCUACGAAGCUCCCAUCUUUUGGUGUCGGGCUUGUGAGGUUGUGCAUUGUGUUGGUUGCAAGGCCAAACUCCCUCGAUUGAUGGAUGAAGAUGAAAUUGAAGAUUCCGACGACGAGGAAGAGUACAUGAGCGGCCAGUCGGCUCAUAUCUUUCAUCUCAAGUGCAGUGCUCUGAGCAAAGAAAAGGCGGCGUUCGAUGCAGCUAUUCAAGCAGGCGCUGGAAUGCCAUGCCCUGGAUGUGGUGUGAUGGGACGCAAGGAUGGCAUGUGCACUCACAUGACUUGCGAGGGAUGUGAGACGGAUUGGCGUUACCUCUGUGGAUUGAGUGUGGAGGAGUGUGACAAGGCUCCUCGACGAGGCGUGGCGUCCUCGGAACCGAUCUAUGGCCACAACGAGGGCUGGAAGACCAACCCCAAACGAUGCCCCAUGUACAUGAAUCUGAUUGCCAAAGUUGACGAUGACUGGGACUUUACUCCUGAUUCAGAUGACGAUGAUGAGGAGGAGUACGACGAGGAAGACAUUGAAGAGAUGUGCAACGACAAGUUUCAUCGCUGGCGCACACUUCAGAAACUUCACACCCUGCGGGAGGAACUAGGAGAGGAGAAAUGGCGGGAGCUUCACGGUCACUUCACAUCCGUGCGCCACUGCGAUUUCGACGAGCAAGAGAUCCGAAAUGCUGCCAACGUGCCCAUCUUCAACCGCCCCGAGCCUCGACGAAGUCCACGCACUCGUCAACGACGCUCCUCCUAG